AUGGCUGAUUCUGCGAUGAUUGCCAGAGCGUACGAUUAUGCAAUUGGCCAACCGCCAUUGGCACCACCUCAGGUUACCCCAUUGGAACAAUUUCGGCAGAUCACGGCCAACAUUAAUGAGCAUACCCAUUCGCCGAACCACCCAGAUGCCUGGACUGCGAAAUUGAUUCUUGCAAGGAUUCGCGAGGCGAUUGCGGUGUUCUCGGCGCACCUAGCAUUCAUCCUAUCUUCGCUCGAAUUGCGUCAAUGGAAAGCUUGUCUGAUUGAAUGCACUCAGGUGAUUGAUCAUUUCGUCACGGAGGCAUUGCAAGAUGGAAUUGCCAAUCUUGAUUGCCCGGCAGUGAUGGAGAUUGCAGAAUUGUUGCAUGAUGCAUUGAUUGCAUAUGCACGUCAGGACACGAGAUUCACAGGCCGCAUGGCCAGCCUGGAAUUGCAACUUGGAUGGACCAUUGGGAACAAGUUCGCAAAGACAUUGAUUCCCGACGGUUACUCCGUCCAUUGCGGAUUCGCCAAUUGUAUUUGGCUGAAUUUGGUAUCGGUUUGCAACCAUUGCAUUGCUGCUAUGGCCCCCACGGAGAUUGCAGGUGGCAUCCCGGCAUUUUCAUUGAACCUGUCAUUUCUAUUGGUUGACAAGACAGUGGAGUGCUACUACGCACUGAAGGCAUUGUUCACUCGUGCCAUUGCUGUUACCACAUUCAAUUGCCGAGAUUACAAUUCGGUGAACGGGCUUGCGGAUUGGUUCGUCUGCAUUGCUCUUCCAGCAUCCAUUGUAGAUUCGCUAAUGAAUGGUACAGCUACGAACAUUCCGACCCCAUUGGGUCAGUUGAACGCGCAGUUUUGCGCAGAUGCCUCAUUGCGCAGGCUCAGUCAUUGGUACCGACAGGGCAAAUUUACGGCCGAGCAAAGCCGUGAAUUGGUGAGGAUGAUUGUGUUUCGCCCAUCGCUGGCUAUGAUUGACACACGUCUGAAGUGCCCGGAAGGCACAGGAGGAUUCCUCCGUUACCACAAUUGUUCCUUCGUGUGCAAUUCAUGGUGUCUCACCAUUGACAGCCAGCACGACCCGAUUGAGGACAAGUAUUGGUACACAUUGGACGGAUUGGUGAGACAAUACAGCAUUGUGUUGGAGCUCCCCACGAUGACAGUGGAGUCAUUGUCAGGAUUGAUUCACAAUUCAUGCUAUGAACAUUGGUACCCCAGUGAGACGGUACACCGGCAUUGCACGCUGCCAUUGACACAUCUGCAAAUUGAAGGAUCCCCACAGAUGUAUUUAUUGACUGCAGAUUGUGACGAGGUUGCCGCCGAAGAGAUUGCCUCGAGUGGAACGGUCUCGAGCACUACCUCAUUGUCGUCCUCCAUGACGAGCCAGGAGUACGACAUUGUGGUUGCGGCAGCAGCUGCGAUUACCAAGAAAAGGAAAGGUCAUUGA